UAAUGGCUAGAACCUGCUAAAAUCCAUGGCCGUAAACUCCAAUUGAUGAGUGAUAGGCAUCUGAACUAGUGUGGUGUUAACAUAUGCCUCCGGCUGCUGCUUUGUUCCGUCUUCUUGUGUUGGUGCGCUGCUGCUGUGUUAGCGUAGUAGGAGUUUUUCAUCAAGGCUCGUAAUAUUCCAGAAUCUGUAAUUUGUGUAAUAGUUUCUCAUCUGAUCUAAAGUUCCACCAGUUAUCUUUAAUUAAAUGUGUAGCUGGCUGGCUAGUUUGGCAUAUACUCCCUCCGUUCUUUUUUAAUUGACUCAAAUUUAGUACCAAUUUAUACUAAAUCCGAGUCAAUUAAAAGAGACCGGAGGGAGUAUAAUGUAGUCUCUUUAUUAUUCAUCAUUGAUUGGAAAAAAAUGUCCACAAAUCUGUGGUGGUCACAUGGAAAAUUCGGCCGCUCUUGAUAAUUAUUAUUCCCUCCGUUCUAGAUAUAGGGUGUAUAGUUUCUGGCACGGAAAUUAAGAAACACAUAUUGAGGACAACAUUACCCCUAAAUUAUUGACGCGGGAAAAUAGAGGAGUUUUCAUGAGCUAAAAAAAUGCAAUCAAAUCCGUAAAAAAAUGUUCACAUGCGUGGUUCAACACAAUACACCUUAUAUUUUAGAGCUUUUCUUAAAAAACUAUACACUUUAUAUCGAGGAACGGAGGGAGUAUCAGUUAAUCGAUUUUUUAAUUAAGUUAACAAGUAGUUUGAUUUUCUUUAAAAAAGUCGGCAUCUAGUUUGGAGAAAGAGCAGUCUGGAUAGAGAGCAAAUGCUUGUUGAAAGGGAAAAAACGAGUUAUCCAGAAUUUGGUUCCUUCUGCCGAGUUAAUGAGACCUUUCUUUUUGGAAAGGAACGCGGGUCGAUAUUCAGCCUCUUUUUUUUUUUUGGAAAGGAACACAGGUCAAUAGAUCGCCUCACUCACACCCUUCCAAUUUUGACAAUUAAUUUUACAACUUCAAAUAGAAUACUUAUUUAUUUUGUUCAACAUCCUUCGUUAAAAAUUCAGCCCAUUAAUAAUAUUUUUUAAGUAAAAUGCUAAACAAGUUUUUAGGAUAUCAGUUUUUUUUUGGAAAGGAACGCAGCCACGCAGGUCGAUAGAUCGCUUCACUCACGCCCUUCCAUUUUUGACCACCACAAUAAAUGAAAUUGCCUGUACAUAGCUAGUAGAUAGAUCGCCUCACUCACACCCUUCCAAUUUUGACCACAACAAUAAAUGAAAAUAUGAAAUAGAUGUACAUAUAUAGCUACCAAUCUCCAACGUUCCUUUUCCCAUGCUCCUCUAUUUAUAUCUAGACUAGAGAGGGUUUAGGCUGACAGAGAGAAGGGAGAGAGUUUAGAGUGACUCGUGGAUCACAGACCCUUGAGAGAAUGAAUGUCGAGAAGAACGUGGAAGAAGGUGUGGAGUACCCACCAGAUUGGCUCCCCGAUGGCUGGAUUAUGGAGGUCAAACAUGCUGAGGAUGGUGCUCCCUACCAGUAUUUCGUUUCUCCUGUGUCAGGGUCCAGAUUCAGGAUGAAGGCGGAGGUCCUAAACUACCUCUUCUCUGAGAUGGACGAGCACUGGAUAAAAUCUAAGGAGUCUGCUUCACUCACCAAGGCUCACAAAUGGCUUCCAGAGGGGUGGUUGGUUGAGAUUAGAGCUGGGGGAGAGAACAUGGACAAGAUGUUCAAGUUUUAUGUUUACCCUGCAACGGGAGUACGUGUAUUCUCUAAAGAAGAUGUACUCCUCUAUGUUAAGGAAAUGAAGAUCACUGAAUGUGAUACAGAUGGACAAUGCGACAUAAACUCUCAAGAUAAUAUUCUUGCCUUGGUGGAGUUCAACCCAUCUGCGUUGCCACAAGGAUGGGUCAAAGAGAUGGUAUACAGAAAAACAAGGGAGGGAAUAAGGAAAGACCCGUACUAUACGGAUCCUGUUAGCCAAUAUGUAUUUCGUACUCUGAAGGCUGCAUGUAGCUUUCUUGCAACCGGGAAAGUCACAAAACGUCAAUUUAUUCAAAGGACAAGUGUACAUGACUUGUACUCUUUUGAAAAAUCUGCUGAUCUGCAUGAGAGUUUGCACAAGAGGCUCACAAACAAUUGGAAGGAUGCUAAAACACGUGCAAGUUCACCAAAACCUAGAGGGUCAGCACAGAGGGAGAAAAUAAACUGCAAUGGCCAAACAUCAUAUAGCACCGAGGACAGGAACACCGACAGCGACACCACUACAGGCUCUGUCUCACCAAAUGAUCACCCAAACAUCAAGAACAAAACAAUGAAGACUCAAACGGGACAAUCAAGCUACUUCAAGACUAUCAAGCGUCCAAGAGGGAGACUUUUGAAAACAAAUGGAUGGACCACAACGAAGGCUAGGACUAAAAGAGAGGCCAAACAACAUACCAACUAAUCAAGCAAGGAAUGGCAGGACAUGAAGCGACCGAGGGCACAAACUAUAGAAAUCACUGGAUUGGGUAGCAAGUAAUAUUUAGACAGCAUUUUGUUCCAUUUUGCUUUUACAACUUUUAAACUAAAGUGCCAUAAUCUCUGUUGGAUUGUGCGAGGCUAGAACUUAAGGCAGAAGCUAUAUAGCAAUUGUUAUGUUCUGGGACAUGCAGGAUAUCCCCGUGACACAUAGUGAAUCCAUGCUGCUAUUCUGGACUAGUGGAUUGACUCAUGUUUGAAGUUUUGAUCAUCAUUG